AUGUACCUUCCAGCAGAGAUAAUUGACCUGAUUACGUUUUAUGUCGAGAUCGGCACUUCGCAAUCUUCUUUAAAGACGUCGACUUCUCGAGCAUUUCGAAUAGUGAACAACUAUAACCGGAGGAAUCUGGCUAAACUCCGCUUGGUCAACAAAAGCUUUUGUCAUAGUGCCUCAGCCCGUCUUUUCCGACAUAUUUUAGCCCUAGCCGGUUCAUUGUACCACACCAGGCACUUUCCAUCCUUAGGAAAGCUGGUGGGCCUUUCCAACAGCCCGUAUGCCCAGCAUGUGCGUCAAGUCGAUAUUGGAUACGGUUCCUUCCCAUGUUCGAUAGAGGAGGUUAUAUCAUACACGGAGGACCUUGCCGGCUUGCUGUCUUCAUGCUUGCGUCAAUUUCCCAAUCUCAAAGCUCUCGACUUCCGUGGUCCGUCAUUCACGUUCUUGCCCUAUGAUAAGACGAAAGCAUCGAUCGACUCGAUGCUCAUGUCGUUAUGCUACGUGCCUCUGCCCAACUUGACAGAACUUGAACUUCAGUUACCGAUGACGAAUGAUUUUGCUCCAUUGUUUGCCGAGAAUAUCAGCACAUUGCGGAUACCGAUUGAACAGACUCUCAGCCGCCUUCACUAUCUUGGAUUGCACGUCUAUGCGCAAACAAACCAGCAAUCCUGUGCAGCCCACUUGUUGAACAUUGUGAAGCUUUCAACAAGCCUGACUUCCCUCUCGCUCAGCAGCACAAACUACCUAAGUAUUGAUCGUCUGAAGCUCGGCUCAACGGUUCGCCUACGGUUUUUGUCCCUGCACAAAGUGAAAAUUUCAUCUCGAAAUCUCGUCAAUAUUAUUGAGCAAUGCAGCGAGUCAAUGCAGUAUAUCGAGUUAAGGCACGUGAAGCUCGAGGCUGGAACAUGGAGAGAGAUUCUGUCCGCAAUAGAUAGUUUACCGCACCUAUAUGACUUUGACAUAUCCGUUGGCGAAACUCCCAUGUGA